CCCUGGCGUUCUGUUCUCUGUGCUGGCUUAUACUCUCACUCUCUUGACGAGCCUGGAAAACCAUAAUGAGCUUAAGUUUAUCUUUUCAGGUGGACCCCGAUGACUCAUCGAUGCAGGAACCAAGUGCGUCCCACAUGGAUCUGCAGAAUGCCCUGGAGGAAUGCUCCACCGCCCUCCAAUACUUCCUCAACAACCGCUUCUCUGACGCCCUCAAUCUGCUCAGACCCCGGAAGGAUGACAGCAUGUACCAUGCCAUGGGCUACAGCAGCAUCCUGGUCAUGCAGGCCGGCAUGACCUUUGACCCCAGCGACAUGGAACUGGCCAUUGUGGCACUGAAGGAAGCAUUACGGACCUGCCAGAAGUUCAGAAAACGAAGCAGCAUCGCGGAGACCAUCACCUACUACUGGUACAAGCAGCCGUCUGACAACCUGACCGAAGAGGAGAUGCACGCUGAGCUGUGCUAUGCUGAGGUGCUCCUACAGAAGGCAGCUCUCACCUUCCUGGACGAGAGCGUCAUCAGCUUCAUCAAGGGAGGAAUCAAGAUACGGAACAGCUACCACAUCUUCAAGGACUGCCAGGUGAUGUCUAAUUUCAACAACAUUGAGCACAUGAAAAGCCACGCCCACUUCAGAGGUGGGGUCAACAUGGGCAUCGGGUCCUUCAACCUGAUGCUGUCUCUCCUGCCAGCGAGGGUCCUCAGGCUCAUGGAGUACCUGGGAUUCAAUGGAGACCGGGAAGUAGGUCUGUCCCAGCUGAGAGAGGGAGCAGCCAAUGGCAGCCUGCGAUCCAUUCUCAGUACCCUCACCCUGCUCAUGUUCCACCUCUAUAUCACCGUCAUCCUAGGUACUGGUGAGACAAACCUGACAGAGGCAGAAGCUCUCCUUGAACCUUACAAGAGCAAGUUCCCGAAUGUAAGGAUCUCUCGUGUGUCUGUGUGUGUGUGUGUGUGUGUCCAUCUUUUAUGUUUGCUCAUUCUGUGGGUUGUUGCUCUGUUCCAGGGGGCUCUGAUCCUCUUCUACACCGCCAGGAUCGCCGUGCUCAAAGGAGACUUCACGUUCGGCCAGGAGAAGUUCCUGGCGUGUAUCGGGACCCAGCAGGAGUGGAGGCAAAUCCACCACCUGUGCUACUGGGAGCUGAUGUGGGCUCACUGCUUCCAGCAAGAGUGGCUGGAGGCCUACCGCUACGCCGACCUGCUCUGCAAGGAGAGCAAGUGGUCCCAGGCCAUCUACGUGUUCCAGAAGGCGUCCAUUCUGAGCAUGCUCCCUGAGGAGGUGAGGCAGAGGACGGGGGAGGACGUGGAGGAGUUAUUCAGGCAGGUGGAGGGGCUGCAACUGAGGUUUGCUGGGAAGUCCAUCCCUACGGAGAAGUUUGCUUCCAAGAGGGCGGCGCGCUACUCUGCCCAGCCCCCUGUCAAGCUGGUCAUCCCUGCUCUGGAGAUGAUGUACGUGUGGAACGGCUUCACCAUCGUGGGCCAGAGGGCCGACCUGACGGAGAACAUCCUGGCCACCAUCCAGGAAGCCGAGGACGCCCUCAGAGACCAGCCCAAUCCCUCCGUCCACCAUGUGGACGACCAGUGUGUGGUGCAGCUGCUGAAGGGCCUGUGUCUCAGACACCUGGGACGCCUGGACCAGGCCGAGGACUGCUUCAGCCUCUUACUCUCCAGUGAAAGCAGGAUUAAGUAUGACCGCCACCUGGUACCCUUCACCAUGUAUGAGCUCGGCCUGCUGUACCAGAAGCAGGGGAACCAGGAGAAGGCUGUCACCUUCAUACAGAACGCCAAGCACAACUACAAAGACUAUUCAAUGGAGUCCAGGCUACAUUUCCGUAUCCACGCGGCACUCAACAACAUGGACCCCAAGACCCCCAAACACAAGAGGACGUCCGCUUGAGACCAACGGCUCCUGACCCCUCGACGGAUGUGGUGGACACGACAUAUGAACCCUCUGUCAUUUCAUAGUGGGAGGAAAGUGACUAUCGAUGUGAAAGAAUUGAAUGUGAGUCAGUGAUGUCUCCAGGUGGAAGGUGCAGAGAGCGUCUCCAGGUGUGGAAGGUGCAGAGAGCGUCUCCAGGUGUGUUUGCACAUGUGUUGUCCCUAGAUAUGACGCGUGUCAAAACUCAUUUCAGGGUAUCAGUAGAGGUGGAGGAUAAACAUGGGAAAUGUGCAGGUGGCCUAUUCACACUGAAGUCAUUCAGCCACACUCACAGCACCCUGAUGAAAAUAGGACAGGGGGCCCAGAUCAUUUAGAAUGUUUGACAUUUGUAUUUGAUUCAAGGUUUGGUUGGUUUCGGCUUAAGGCUUUUCAGAGGCUGGCGUCUAUUACCAUAUAUUGUGUGUGCUAUCUGACAUAUUGUAUUGGAGCUUGAUCUUUGAAAUAUAUAAAUACAUUAAAUUCAUUGCAGCCAA